AUAUGAUAUUACCCUGCGGGGUUGGAAUGACUUCACCAUCCUCCAUUCAUUUCCUUUCUACAUCCCCUCACUUUUAUAGACUUGCGAUCAUCCUCACGAGCCUCACGAGCACCUCGAGCACCUCCAAGCACACCCCGUCAAAAUGAUUUCCGGCAUCCAUCAUGUCAACAUCCUCGUCCCCGACGGCACCCUCGACCAAGCCACCGAGUUCUACAGCGACACUCUGGGCUUGGUCUCGGCCCCCGUACCCGAGCUCCAAAAGGGAACGAUCCUGUGGUUUAAUCUCACCCCCGACGGAAGCCAACAAAUCCACGUCAACCUCGGUCCCAACGCCGAGCUCGACUCACAGCGGCACGCCUGUCUACGAGUCGCCUCGCUCGAUGAAUUGCAGACGCUGCAGAAGCGUAUCCUGGCGCAUCAGGAGAGCGGAGGACCUGCGGCUCCGAUGGAUGUAGAUCAACUAGGGAUGUGCUCGGGUCCGUCAGGUGAGGAAUACCCGCGUCGGUUCUUUGCCAGGGACUUUGCGGGCAAUCGACUAGAGUUUAGUGUCUAGAUUGGUGGGGGACUCGGAAG